AAACCUUUGAGAAUCUCUCAAAAUAGUCGUGAGAAGGCACAUUCCAACUUUUUUCUUAAAUAAAUGCGGAAACUUCGGAUUUAAAUCCGAGAGUUAUGUGUACUUCAAAAAGUGACUCAUACGGAUCAGUCAUCCUAGAAUGUCUGAACAUGAAAAUUAUACUGGGGAACCUACGAUUUCAAAUGUUGAUUUCUAUUGCGCGUUGCCAAACGAAUAGAAUUUGGGACCGAAUCAGGGGUGGAACCGGUUGAGAAAUAUUAAAACGAUCCGGUCCGACCGGUUGAAAAAUCCUACCGGUCCGGUCCGGCCGGAAACCGGCCGGUUGGAAUCUCAUGUCCAACCGGUGGAAAAAUGUCGAAUUUUUUUUUGAAAACUGAUUUUUAGAAAAAAUCGCUCCAAAUAUGAAAUAGUUGAAGGCGCAUGUAAAAGACGCUCAUCAUAAUGAAUCUUUUUAAAGAGAACCUCAGGAAAAACGAUUAAUAUAACAUAUGUUUUGAGCACUUUUUUACCUAUUCUGACCGAAAAAACAUGUGAUACCUUAGUUUUUAUGGUCAAAGACAGGAUUAACAAAGAAGAUUUUUGAAAGAUUUCAACCGGUGAAAUUCCGGUCUUUACUGGCCCGGUUGAUUUCUUCAACCGGUCCGGUACCGGUUUGCCGGACCGGUUCCAACCCUGGAUCGAAUACAGCUCAAGUUUGAACUCUUUCCCUUGAUUUAUCCUACGAAAGUCGUUUUUCCUAUAACUUCAUUUCUAUUGGUCACUGCACAACUAAUAGUAUUUCGAUGGAAGUGCAGUACACAUUCGAGUUCUCCGUCUUUGAAAACCUCGAAAUAUCAACACUGUGAUCGGAAGAUAAAGCUCUGUUUGUGGAUCAAUUAGAUAGUGGACCAAAAUAUAACCUAGUUCUCUUUUAGUAUCCUUGUGAUAGAUGAGUCAACCUUCUUGCUUCUUUAUGUUUUAUAUAUUAUUUUGUAGCUCUUGAAAUUCUCUAUCGAAUGGUAUAUAAUAGUUGGGGUUUUAAUUGACUAUGAUAGGAAAAGUCUUUUACGAAAGCGGGGAUGGGUCGAUUUUUUCAUAGGAAGCUAUAGGAGAAAAUGGGUAUUUUUGCAAUAACUCAGGAACGGCUCGGCCAAUCCUUCUCAUUUUCGAACUCGACCGAGAUAUUGUAAAGACUGAACUGUGUAGAAAAUUUCAUCAUGAUCGGACUCUCCUUUCCAAAGUUAUCGUGUAAACGGACGGACGGACACCCUGACCGAUUCUAGUAGUGUACUCACUUUUUGAGUACACUAAUAAGAAAAAAAAACAAGUAAAGAUUUCCAAUAAAAUAUAUUUAACUAUUAAUAAAUAAAUAAAAAGGGAAAAGGGAGAUUCACUUUGUUUUUUAUUCUUAUGUUCCUCUAAAUAUAUUUUCCAUCUUUUUUACGAUAAAUUUGAACCACUUUAUUUUCUUCGUGAAAAAGUUGUCGUCUUUUAAUUCAUUGAUAAACAUCGAGAAGAAACAUAUAAAUAUCGCAAUUUCUAAUUAAUCAUUGUUUCAUUCAAUCAGAAAAAUAAUUUCUUGUAAUUAAUUUUUUGCUCAAAAACAGAAUCAACCGCACACUCAAGAUUUGAAAUUGGUCAUUAGCAGAUUUAGUUAGUCCGGUUUUUCGAUUCUCAUCAUGUUUAAAUACAAAAUCUACUUAUGAGAAAAAAUUUGGUUAAAUAAAAUUAUUCAAAUUUUUUAUAACAACAAAAAAAAGCAGCAUCGAAUUAAACAUUUCUUUGUAUCUAAUUUAUUAAGAUUUUAGAUUAAAAAAAAUAUAAUCAAUCAAUAGUCAUAAUCGUCAUGGAAGUUCAUUAGGAAGUUCAUCUUUACUUUAUUCAUCAAAUGAAUCAUUAUAUAAUGAAUCAAAUUUUGAAGAGAAUGAUGCUGGUUUAUCAAAAUUACCAUUCGUUUUAAAUUUUAAUGUUAAUAUAACAUGUAAAGAAGUACGUGGUUUAAAAUCAAUUCCAACAAAUCGUAUUGUUUAUUGUACAAUGGAAGUUGAAGGAGGAGAAAAAUAUCGAACUGAACAUGCUGAAGCUGGAAAACCUGUUUGGGAAUCUUUAGCUGAAUUUUCAACAAAUCAAAUUUUACCUAUUAUUAACGUUAAAGAUUUUAUGGAAAAUCCUGGUUUACUUAGUUUACAUGAUAAUAAACUUGGAAAAUUAUCUUUACAAAUUGAUCCUAUUUUUAAUAAAACAAAUUGGUGGAUUGAUAUGAUUAAAUGUAAAUAUACAUCAAAUGAACAAUUUAAAUUUAAAUUAGAUGUUAGAAUGGAAAAACCACAAAAUCUUAAAAUGUGUGGAUGGUGCUAUGCUAGAGGAAAAAAUGUAUGGAAAACAUGGAAACAACGAUAUUAUGCACUUGUUCAGGUAUCUCAAUAUUGUUUUGCAACAUGUAGUUAUCGUGAAAGAAAAUCCGAACCAACUGAAAUGAUGCCACUUGAAGGUUAUACUGUUGAUUAUGCUGAACCUGAUAAUGCUGUACGUGAAGGUGAUGUUGUUACAUUUGCAACAAAUGAAGAAAAUGAACGACAUAGUUGGGUACAAGCAUUAUAUCGUGCUACUGGUCAAUCACAUAAACCAACACCAAUAACCCAAAUUAAUAAAUUAAAUUCAACAUCAGGACAAAAAGAUCUUUCAGAUUCUGAUCGUUCAAAAAAUCUUGGUUUUGAUGAAUAUAUACAAAGUGAUCCAUGUAAAUUUGACCAUCGUGAUUUAUUUAAAACAUUGCAAACGGCAACAUUAGAUUUUCGACUUAAUGAUCCGUACUAAUAUUAUUUACAACAAUAUCCAUUAACUGAUUAUCGUCAUAUAGAACAAUCUCGAAAUGAUUUAAUUCGUGUUAAAAAUCUUCUUAAAUUAGGUGGAUCAAUUCGUUCAUUUGAAGGUCAAUGUUUAUUAGCUAAAUUAUAUUAUGCUCAAUCACGUUAUGAUGAAUGUUUAACAUAUGUUAAUUUAGCAAUUAAUUCAAUACCAAAUGAUAUUAAUCAACAACCAAAUAGAUCUUCUUUAUUACUUGCAGAAAUUUGUGCACUUAAUGGACUUUUAUUAGAAAAAAAAAUGAAAAUUUAUUUGAAAUAA